GAGGCAGCCGCGCCCCCAGCGAGCGACCCACUGACCGCAACCGCGUGGCGCUUUCCUGCCGCAUCAUGAAGGCAGGGAUCUGAACUCCAGCCCCUGCUCAGCCCCUGGCCAUGGGGAACUCAGGGGGCAGGCCCAGCUGCCUGGGGGAGAGAAGCCAGAAAUCCGAGGACUUCCUGAAGGACUCCUACCUCAGGGACUCCGGCCUGGUGUCUGGGCACACUGCAGGGAGAAACAAUGCAGAAGGCCACGCGGGACCCCCCCAGAAGCCUCCCCUCAGCCCCAUGGUGAUUGAGAACGGCUGGGAUGUGACUCGGGGGCCCAGCAGAAGCCGGCAGAGCAGCCCCCUCCCCAAGCAAAACAACAUGGAUGUCAAAGUCCAGAACAGGGCCCUCAGCUGCAGCAACCCUCCCAAGGCUCACCUGGAGGCGCCUGGGGCAGGCUGGAGCCCAUCACGGGGGGCCGCCCAUGAGAGCAGCUGGAUCUGGAAGCCCCUCACCACCACGGAAGUGACGGAGGUGACGGAGGUGACAGAGACCGUUGUCACAGAGAUCGUGGAGGUGACCGAGUACCCUGGGGGUGACAAGAACCAGGAGCCCAUUGUCACCAGGACGGUGAAGGUGCUCACAGAGUGUGCAGGAGCCCUGCCUGAGGCCCCUGCUGUCUUCCUAGGGGACUCCUGGAGCUCUGAGCAGGCCCAGGUCACUCUGCAAAAGCUGCUCACUUGGGUCACUGAUGUGGAGGAUCUCGUCGCCAACCAGAAGCCGCCUUCUUCAGAAGCAAAAGUGGUGAAAGCCCAGAUGGAAGAGCAAAAGCUUUUAAGGCGCCUGCUGGAUGAGCGCCGGUCUCACGUGGAGCAUCUCCUGCAGAAGAGGCAGGCGCCCCUGGAGCCCACUGGCACAAGUGACGGGCGAGAAAGAAACGGAGGCCUUGCUGACCUUCAGGAGAAGUGGGCGAAGCUCAUCCAGGGGGCUGAAGCCAGGUGA